AUGUUGAUGGGAAGGAUGGGGGAGACGAGUUGGCGACAUGUUAUACGCAAUGGUAAUGCAGCUGCCCAUAUCAUGGCUCACUCGAAUACCAGAGUCGAUGCUCGCUCAGUUUGGCUUGAUAUGCCACCGGUGUUUUUGAUUGAUCAAUUAGCGUUGGACAAUGUAACCACAAAUUUUGAUAUAAGAAGCUCAUACAGAUUCCCAUAG